GGCAGUAGAUGCCAACCGUCGAAGAAGAGGAGGUGGCACUAAUUAACGACAGACAUUCCUGGACUUGAUGGCCAAAGGAAUCCCUCAGAUAUUAGUCGACUCUCUCCUGGUCCUUCUUCACCCUGCUGACAGCUGCUUGCCAGAGUCCAGAUGAAUGCCAAAAGUGGAGGCUCAAGUGUUGGAGUGGAGUGUGACGGUCACAGGCUGAAACCCCUCACACAGUGUCCCUUACACUGCUCCCUCCAGGAUCCGAUGAUUACAGGGCAGCUGAGCAAGCCGCUGCUCUCCCUGCGCAGCGACAUGAGCGCGGCAGAACUCCGGGCGGACGACAAAGCGGCCACCCCAGACAGCGAUCUGAACGACGAGCCCCUGCUCCUGCCCUCCGAGGCCACGGACAGAGAGGGCACUCCCAACAAGCUGUACGGAGCUCGUGACGGUUCGGUCCAGUCUGACACCAGCAGCAGUCCUUCUGAGCAGAGUCACCUGGGCCAGUCACACCCAGGAUUCCCAAUGGGUCCACAGUCUCUCCUGGUAGCCCAGCAGCUGGCCAAUGCAGUUGGCGGCGUGAUGUCCGGUACAGCGCCAGGCAUGAACCAGCCCAUCCUCAUCCCCUUCAACGCAGGCGGACACCUGGGUGGGCAACAGGGCCUCGUUCUCUCCCUGCCCACAGCCAACAUCCAGAACCUGGUGGCUGCUGCUGCUGCAGGGGGCAUCAUGACGCUCCCUCUCCAGAACCUGCAAGCUACCUCAUCACUGAACUCCCAGCUCCAACACCUGCAGCAACUCCAACAGAUGCAGCAGCACCACCACCAGCAGCAACAGCAGCAGCAACACCAUCACCAACAGACCCUCUCCCACGCCCAGAACCAGCUGCCAUCCCAACAUCACAUAACCCCUCCCAGCCAGCAGCUGACCUCUGUCCCCUCUCCAGGCUCUACCUGCUCCUCCACCUCUGGACAACCGCAGCACUCCCCGCCGCACCGGCCAAGUCAGUCGCCGGCCCGCAGCCUUCCUUCGCCAGUCACCCCACCCAUGUCUUUACCGCUGAAUCCAUUGGCAAGCCAGGCGGCGGUAGCAGCGGCAGCAGCCAUGGGAUCCAUCGCCGGUUCUCAGGUGUUCGGCAACACCCUGUCAAACCUGCAAGGAGCGUCUGGACAGCUGGUCACCAACGCACAAGGACAGAUAAUUGGAACAAUCCCACUGAUGCCCAACUCUGCAGGGCCCUCCAGCCAAUCAGGGGGUGGCAACCCAGCACUGCAGGUACAGCCAAUUACACCUCAGCUUCUGACCAACGCUCAAGGCCAGAUCAUCGCCACGGUGAUCGGCAAUCAGAUCCUGCCUGUCAUCAACACCCAGGGAAUCACGCUGUCACCAAUCAAGCCUGGACAGCAGCUGCCUCAGGCUCAGCAGGGUCAGACAGGCCCCGCAUCGUCUCAGCCCAACCUGCUCCACAUGCCCCACAGACAGAGUCCUCUCCACCAGGCCUCUUCCUCCUCCUCCACCUCCUCCUCUUCCUCGGCUCUCAGCGUGGGGCAGCUGGUCAGCAACCCGCAGACCGCCCCCAGCGAGGUGGACGGGGUCAACCUGGAGGAGAUUCGUGAAUUCGCCAAAGCAUUCAAGAUUCGCCGGCUGUCCCUGGGCCUGACACAGACUCAGGUGGGCCAGGCACUCAGCGCCGCCGAGGGGCCGGCGUACAGCCAGUCUGCCAUCUGCAGACACACCAUCCUGAGAAGCCACUUUUUCCUACCACAGGAAGCCCAAGAGAACACUAUAGGUAACAGUCUGACAGGCAAACUGAACCCUGGCCUUUUAUAUCCUGCCAGGUUUGAGAAGUUGGACAUCACCCCUAAAAGCGCCCAGAAGAUUAAGCCCGUUCUGGAGCGCUGGAUGGCCGAGGCUGAAGCCCGCCACCGGUCCGGCAUGCAGAACCUGACUGAGUUUAUCGGCAGCGAGCCUUCUAAAAAACGCAAGCGGAGGACCUCUUUCACCCCGCAGGCACUCGAGAUCCUCAACAGCCACUUUGAGAAGAACACACACCCCUCUGGACAGGAAAUGACGGAAAUAGCUGAGAAACUGAACUAUGACAGGGAGGUGGUGCGUGUCUGGUUCUGCAACAAGAGGCAAGCGUUGAAAAACACAAUAAAGCGUUUGAAACAGCCCGACCUCGGCCCGGCUGCACCAAUGGACCCUCUCACUGAUUCUCUAGAAGAGCUCCCGAAAUGAACGAGCUCUAAGGCAAAACAGAGGAGUUGAAAAGAGGCAGCCAUUAAAAACAACCGAGGCGGAUGAACUCAUCUUGAAAUGAGAACUGAAAAAUGUUCCAAAGUCACCUGGAUGGACAGUCAUGAGUUUGCAAACAAAAACUAUGUGUUGUCAGUGUGAUUACCACACCAAUGUAAAUGACCUUGGCGAAACCAAAAACAUGAAAAAAGAGAUUAAUAUCUGAGUAUUAUGUAAAAACAUAAGGUGUGCUAUUUCAAAGAGUUUUAGAUUCUGGCCUUACAGGCCACACUAUCGCCCAAAUUCUGGUUCCCACGAGGAAGGAUUUAGUAAAGAGAUCAUACCAAAUCAAAACACUAUUUACCAAAGUCUGUUGCAUCUGAGUACUAAGAAUAAUUUUGUAAUGUAAAUGUGCUCUAAAUUUUUACAUUUGUACUGGCAAAUCUAAGCUAUAUGUGUGAGUUUGAGUAUACAUUUUAUCUUUGUCUCGCUUACUUUUUUCUUCAUUGUUUGUAUGUAAAUAUCUUAAAAAAAACAAAACAGAAAAAUCCUGUCUUUGAAUUGAAAUCACGCUGAAAAAGUUUCUCUUUUGGACAAAAAAAACGUUAACCUUUGCUGUUAAACAAUUGCAUAAUAAUGUUGUUUGCCUCUGAUUUGUGUUUCAUCUGCAAAUAUUUUCAGUCACAGUGUAACUUUGUACAACUUUUACAGGUAUUUAUUAAUAAUCUCAUGAGAUUGUUUCAAAGGACAAACGGAGGGUGUAAACUAAGGACUUUCACAUGAUGAUGAUGAUGAUGAUGAUGAUGAUGAUGAUGAGGGGUUUCAGUGUCUGUCAAGUCUACUGCAGCUUUGUUUUGAACUACUGUGUCAUUCUGUUGCCAAAGCCUGAUAGCCAAAGAACACAUACAUUUCAGCUCAAGGACUGGUGAAGAUUUUACCUUGCUCGUUCACACGGCUUUCUCCCCCCUUUUUCUAAAGUGUUUUACUCUGUGGGUCAAGUUUAACAAAACAAAAUAAGUAACACUACCAUGUCAAACAGCUCCAACAGAGUCUGCUGUAAUAACCUAUCACUGCAAUAUAGAAAAUGUGUUGGAUGAAUUUUCUUUUAAGCAAAUUAGCUUCUGCAUGCUUCAACUCAAAACACGUAGGAUUAUUUACAGCCUUAGCUGUAUUGAUUUAUAGAUUUCACCAGGCAACCCAAAAUUAACAUCUAACAUCAGUGAAAAUAACACAUAAUUUUACAUAAUAAAGCCUUUGAUUAAGCCCUAAAACGAACUAAACGUGUGGUUAAAGCCUGUUUGUUGCCACUGACCAAACUACUGAGCUCAUUCCAGUUCAUAUGUUUUUUAUAACCUGAAUAUUUCAACUCAAACGUGGUUUUCUGCAAAGAUAAAUGUUUUACAGGUUUACAGAUGUUACAAUCAACAUAUUAAAUGAAAUGUGUUAUUUUGUACAGUAAAAAUGCUUUAAAAAGGUUAAUUUCAACAGAUUCUCUUACAAGAUUUGAUGCAUUUCUGGUUAUUUUGGGGGUAAAAAAUGUGUUUCAAUUAACUCUCCAUCACUGUGUACUAAACUGUUCAUUUUACAUGAUAUUACCUUGUGAAAGAACGUCCCUACAAAUAUGUGGCUCUCACGAAACCCCUCACAGGAAAAGACAAAAAAAGAAGUGAAUGUUGAGAAUAAGUGUCACAUGUCAGAACGAGUGAACUUAAUUUGAAGUGAGGCAAAAUUUGAUGCAAUUUAUUCAGAAUCAUGUGUCUGCUUGAUAUCUGUCCUUUCAUGUCACAUUGGUUAUCUCAGUCUUUCAGUCCCCUGUGCACUGCUGUGUUCUUCGUCACUGGAAAACACACACAAACACACUCUGUAAAUGUUAGAAAACAAAUGGAAAAAGCUUUAUGUGCUUGUGUUUUAAAAGAAAUAAUUGCAGGAAAGGCAACCAUAGACUAAUUUCUUUUGGUGCACAGAGACUUUAGAUAUCAUUUUCAUUAUAUAUUCAACUCAAUUUUCAUCUGCACGCCUACAGCAACACCUACUUUACAAAUUUCUUAUGUUUUUCUUUUGUAUUUCCUCCUUUAUGUUUCUUCCAAUACAUCAUUCAGGCAAAUCUUUGGCCAACAUGUCUGCAUCCACCCACAACACAAACUUCUGAGAAAGCAGCAGGCUCCUGCAGGUAGAAUAUGGAUCUGUUCUGAGGCUUAUCAAUAAAGCUGUAACCAAAACCAAAAUAUAAAAUAAAAAAGAAUACACAGAAAGGAGUUAUGCCUUUGUUCAACUUUUCAAUGCUGGACCAAAGCUCUAUAGUUAUGCACAUUGUACAAAGAAAUAGAUUCAUGUUGUUGACAAUCUUUUAAAACGGAGAUAAAAGAAUUGAAGAGUAGAAACAUACGUACAGUAGUCCAUCCAAGGUUUACCUCAGUAUUGUUCUUGUAAGAAUCAUACGAACGCCAUACAAGCAGCAGCAGGUCAGUAGAAAAGACAGAUGGUUACUCUGCACUGUGUCAAUGUUCACCUUCAAUGUGGAGGGAGAGGCUUGUGUUUUAUUUAUUAUAAUGUAACACAUGAUUGUUUUAUUUUUGUGAAGUGGUUUCCUGAGCCACAUGUGACUCUCUGGUCAUCAGUUCUUUUUUUUUGGGGGGGGGGGUUGCAUUAUUUCUCAUUUGUUGUGACAUUCACCUCUCAGUUUUCACAGACCUGUAGACCCGUGUAGAAAAAGGAGAUUACAGUGAUGUUGCUCUUAACCCAAUUAGGAUGAUUUGUUAAUCACCUUUAAAUGCUUUUGUGAAAUUUUACUAACAAACAAACUGGUUUGACGUUUUGUUAAUAGUCGAAGAACUCGAAACCAAAGCUGAAGAGCCUGCAGAGGUUGGUUUUCAUUUUUUUAUAGACUGAAAACUGUACUUAAUCUAUAGAGCAAUAUCUGUUUGGUCAGUUAAGCAGCACUUUGUGUAUUUCCCAAAAAAAAAAAAAGCUUCAAGUCUGUCACAUUGAUUUGUACCAUAAUUAGUAAUAAACAAUUGUUUGACAUUAA